AUGGUAGAAGAUCCAAGUCGUUUUUUUAUGCUAGCCCUGACGGUUAGUUAUUUUAUUUCUGGAUCUCAGGGUGCAAAUAUUCUGGGACUCUUUCCUAGUCCGAGUCCCUCUCACCUGAUCAUUUCAAUGUCGGCUGCCAAGGUGUUGGCCGAACAAGGACACAAUGUGACGGUGGUCACCGUUUUGGAACCAACAAUUACCCACAAGAAUAUACAUGUGGUUCAGGUGCCAAUGACCAAGGAGGAAAUUAAGCAAAGGAGCGAGACCAUUGGAGCGAAACAAAAGAAUAACAGUGGCAGUCGGCUCAUUUCUAUCCUACAAAUGUCGGGUCAAAUGGACUCCAUGUUGAGGAAAAUGGCAGAUGCCCUCAAGGAUGAAAGAGUAAAGGAUCUGUACUUAAACAAAGGCAAUCACUUCGAUUUGGUUAUCUCGGGCUACUUCAUGAAUGACUAUCAGCUAGGAUUCGCUAGGAAAGUGAAUGCCCCAGUCAUCGUUUUGGCUCCCAGUCCACCUGGUCAGAUGCUAAACUCCCUGAUAGGUAAUCCCAGUGAUCCCAUAGAAAAAGAUAAGAACACGUCCUUCGCUCAACGAUUGGAUAGCUUCAUAACCAAUCUUUUUUACCAGGUAUUUGUGCGCCAAAUUGACCAGCGUAAUCGCCGGUUCUACAAGGAACUCUUUGCCGAUGAUUCCAAUAUGCCGGAUUAUUCGGAAAUGCUGAAGAAUACAUCACUGGUGUUCUUCUGUUCCCAUGCAGCCAGUGAGGGAUCCAUUAGACCCAAUGUCCCUGCCGCCAUCGAGAUUGGAGGCAUACAAAUCAAGGACAAACCGGAUGCCCUUCCCAAGAGCCUCGAGGAGUUCCUAGGAAAUGCCACCGAUGGAGCUAUUCUCCUGAGUCUGGGCUCCAAUGUCCAGGGUAGCCACAUAAAGUCUGAUACCGUAGAAAAGAUGUUCAAUGUUCUCUCGAAACUGAAGCAGCGAGUCAUUUGGAAGUGGGAGGAUCUGGACAAGAUCCCUGGAAAGUCGAAUAAUAUUCUCUAUUCCCGCUGGUUGCCGCAGGACGAUAUCUUGGCACAUCCGAACAUCAAGCUUUUUAUCAAUCAUGCCGGAAAAGGAGGUAUUACCGAAUCUCAGUAUCAUGGCAAACCCAUGCUUUCAUUGCCCGUCUUUGGAGAUCAACCCAGCAAUGCGUUUGGCAUGGUCAAGAAUGGUUUUGGCCUUACUCUCAGCCUGCUCAACCUGGAGGAGAAGCCCUUUAAGGAUGCCAUCGAGGAGAUCCUGUCGAACCCACAGUACAGCCAAAAGGUGGCCCUGUUCUCCUCUCUUUAUCGAGAUAGGCCAAAUAGUGCCCGGGAUUCAUUAAUUUACUGGACGGAGUAUGUCAUUCGGCACCAUGGAGCUGCUCACCUCCAAAGCCCCUUGGUUCACAUGGACUUUAUAACCGCCAAUAACCUGGAUAUAUACGUCCUGUUUACCGCUAUUUUCGUUGGUCUUAUAAUUAUUUUAAAGGCUUCAGUUCAACUCUUUUUUAAAAUGCUAGUACCAAAAUUUAUUAAGAUAACGAAAGUCAAGAAACAUUAAUGAUUCUGUAAAGAAGCAGUGAAAUUUGGCACCAAUUGACAAGUGUUACUUAAUUUAACAAUAUCUUGAAUUUAUAAGGGUGUUUGUUAUUAAGAUUUCUAACUCAUAUAGAAACUUUGUUGACUAAGCAUAAGUUUAGUCAAAAGUUUCUUAUUCCUAAGAAGAACGGAAAAAUUUUAAUUUUACAACCCUGGGAUAUCUGGACUCUCCCACAAGUUCAAACGAGUUCAAGCGAAUAAACUCCGAAUGGUUAUGGCUGUAAACUUGUGCAGAAACUACUCUUCCGAGACAGGUCUUUAACUUUGUGAUACCUUGAUGACAUCACCGGCAAAAUGCCCUUUUAAUUCGAGAAAGACAGACCCCGACAAAGUCGCAGUGGAUUGGCAUGACUAUAACCAUUAUGCGGUGACUAUAUAAAGUGUAACUACAGAUGCCCGGAACAUAAUUUAGCGUAAAUAAAAACCUGAUGUUUGGUUAAUUUUCUUUUCCAUUUCUCGCCGAGAUUCCCCUCACGCACCGCGC